AUGCAGUUCAUGGAAUUACCAGAAAGUAGCGGCAAUGUGAAAGCUGGUACGUCUUUUAAGCUUGGUGGUAAGUCAGAGGUCAAUGGGGCGGUUGCAGACGGCCAGGUUGAUAAUAUAUCUACAGUCGAUGAUAUAGUGACGGAAUUGAGGAAGAUCUCCAAUUGGAACAAGUCGUUUAAAGAAGAUAUAAAGUUGGUGGACGAGCAGGUGAGGCAUACUCAAGUGGAAUUGGAAUCGCUUGUAGCUCGAAGCGCGAAUAAUAACAGACAUUUGAAGGAUCUUCUGCUGUCGACAAAUGAUGUACGGAAGUUGCAGCACUUGUUGGAGGGUUUGACUCAACAGCAAGAGGCUAUAAAGAAGAAUUCAGAGCAUGAGUUGGAAAAGUUGUCAGGAAUGUUAGAUGGAAAGUUGUCUCGUAUAGUGGAGAGCCUACGGAGAGAUGAAGGUAAGUAUGCAGAACAGGAGAAGGAAUUGCAAGAAUACAGACUGAAGCAUGGAGAGUUGCAGGAUCUAAGCAAGUGUAUCGCGAAAAAGAAGGAUGAGUUAUUUGAAUUGAAAGUAGAUUUUACCACAACUAUGGAACUUCUUAAAGUCCGCUCAGAAGCGUUAGACUCGCUGGAAACAAGAUAUAAGGCGCUUGAAGCGCAGCUUAGUGAACAGUUGUUAGCACGCUAUAAGUUGAUGCAGGAUGCUGUUACAUCUUCCGCAGCGAACGCUGCGGUACCUGGUGUCUCUAACCAGCCAAUUUCCAAGAUUACACGCGUGACUAGUAUGCUGCGGUCGAAGUACGGUACAACAGAUACCAACAGACGCGUGUUAUCACUUUCUAGUGUGCCAACAGCUGCCAGUGCCCGUAAGCCAUAUUUGAUGUCACCAGGUUCUGCUACAGCGACCAACAACUCAGACGUGGAGAACGAUUCAUAUUAG